AUGUCAAAGGCAUUCCAAACGAUCAAAGGUCAAAUCUUCCUUAAUGACCCAAGUUGGUCAGAGGAAAAAGGUAAAGAAAGAGUGCUCGUGAGGCGAUUGGAUAUCUUCUUCAUGUCAUACCUGUCACUUUCCGCUAUCGUGAAGUACUUGGACCAACAAAAUAUCAGUAAUGCUUAUGUCAGUGGUAUGAAAGAAGAUCUUUCACUAUUUGGUAACGAAUUGAAUCUGUUCACCACAUAUUUCAACAUUGGUUACCUAAUUGUCAUUCCAAUCUCGUCAUAUGUAAUCAACAGUGUGGUCAGACCGAGUCUUUGGCUUCCUACUCUCGAAUUGAUCUGGGGAGUUUUGACUGGUGUACUAGCUUCUGCUAAGAAUGCCAAAACCGUUUUCGGAGUGCGAUUCUUGAUUGGUUUCUGUGAAGGUACAGCUUGGCCUGGAACUAUGAUUCUCUUGCUCAGUUGGUACACUCCAGCCGAGAUUGGUUUGAGAUUGGCCAUUUUCCAGAGCUUCACUUACCUCGGAGGUAUAUUUGCUGGUGCACUGCAAGCUGCUCUAUACACCAACCUUAAUGGACAUUCAGGUCUUGCUGGUUGGCAAUGGCUUUUCGUUGUAAAUGCAUGUAUCACCGUCGCCGUAGCGGGAUGGGGUUAUAUUGGCUGUCCAGACUACCCUAACCGACCUAACCCUUGGUCCAAAUGGUUGAAACCAGAACACGUCGAAACGGGUUUAAGGAGAAUGGGACAUCAAGGUCGGGCACUACCCGUGGGAUGGUCUUGGAAAACUGCCAAAUCCCUCGUUUCUCGUCCGCAAAACUGGGCAAUCUGGGCUGGAUACACUAUCUAUUCACAAGGUGGUACAGGUAACGGAUAUUUCAACUUGUGGCUGAAAAGUCUUAAGAACGCCAAUGGAAAAGCUCGAUAUACUGUGUCCCAGAUCAACACGAUCCCAAUCGCUUGUAGUUGUAUCAACAUUGUAUCGCUUCUUAUCGUCUUGACUGUAUCUGACAGAUUCCAAACCCGAUGGCCAUUCUUACUGUUUGGAGCCACUAAUGGUUUAGUCUGGGCUGCUGUUCUGGCUGGUUGGAACGUACCUGACGGUGUCAAGAUGGCAAGUUUCAUGUUGAUCAACUUUUCAGCUCCCGGAGCGAAUCUAUUCGUCGCCUGGGUUGGUCAGAUCGCCAAACAUAGUGCAGAAGAAAGAUCAGCUAUCAUUGCUGCUUUCGUCACUACUUACUACGCCAUCACCGCAGGAAUGCCAUUGAAAGUUUGGCCCGCCAAACAGGCACCAACAUACAAGAUUGGAUGGAAAUACGCCACAAGUAUGUAUGCAGCUGCUAUACCCGUUAUCCUCAUAGUCCUUUAUCUCGAGAAACGACAAGAGCGGAUCGACGCUCGUAAGAAGGAUAUCGAAGUUCAAGAUGAGACAGCCUCCACAUCUUCUGAAAAGACUGAUCCAUCUUCGCCUUAUGACGAUUCCACAAGAAAGGAUAUUCCAGCGGAUCAGGCAUUGUCUGAACCUAUACCUAGAUUGUGA